GCCACUUUGACUUGUUUCGAUUUGUUUACAAUUGUGUUUUAAUCGGCAAAUUAAUUGAUCGCGUUUUUUAUUACUUCAAUAUAAUUCGUUUCACAGUGUAACGUAAUUUUUCAUAUAUUUUAAUUUUCGAAGCGUAACUUGUGAUAUAUAGAAGUAUAUAUUAGUGGAGGAAAAUAUGUAUGAACCACCGCCUCAGCCGCCCCGUGCUAAGAUUCCCAAAGAUGGGCUGGGACCCAGGGGAUUCCCAGACUGCUAUUAUACAUCAAGGGUCCUAAACUCGACAUUUCGCUACGUGAAGUUUGUGAAGAAGCUCCGCGCGGAAGAAGAAGAUCACAGGAAGGGCGCAGAGAAUAAAUUGAAGGAGUUGAAGGAGAAGCAGAAUAGUGACUUUUUCAUCAGCUGUGAUAGAAAAUCAUUGAUUAACAAUGUGGCUCGCCGCGUCGACUUAUGCCUGCAGUCUUAUGAAGACGACCUGAAGCAGAAGAGACGCAGGUUGAUAGAACUCCUGCAAUACGAAGAAGAAGAGAAUAUUCGCAAGUUCGUGGAACAGGCGCAAGCGGGCGCGGAAGCGAUUUGGCAGGACAAGAAGGAUAGACUGAAAUAUCUAUUGGAGAAGAGGAAGAAGGAACAUGAGGAGAAAUACAAGGAUACGCCGUUAUCGAAAUGUGUUCACGUGACUCCGUGCUUAUACAAGAUACGCGCCAAGGAAGCGGAGGAGAUACAACUAUACCAGAUCAAGGAAAAGCAAGCCAUGAAGAUGGCGGAGAAAGAGUUUGACAAGAUGUGGUAUGACGUCGCGAUGAAGGAGUCUGAAGCUUUGGCAGCGCGUAUGGAACAAGACGUGAUCGAACGCAAGCGCAAAGACCACGAAUGCAAGGAGUACUCGGAUGAACAACUGAGGCAGAGGGAGAUACAGAAAGAGAAGGACAGGGAGAUGCUGAAACAGGAAGCUCUGUGGCUGAGGAGCAUCUGGGACCAGGAUAUUAAGAAGGAGGAAGAGGCCGAGCGCAAACGCGCCGAGAGCCGCAAAGUGAUGGCGGACGAACGCAAGGCCAUGAUCCUCGAACGCGAGGAGACCGUGGCGAAGCGCGCGGCCGACGCGAAGCUGAUCGGAGACACGUGGGACUCGCUGGCCGGACAGGGAUUGGCUGACGAGAUGGCCAAGAUCGAGUUGGCUAGAAGGAAGGAGCGCGACUUGGACGAAUGUAACCGAAAGAUGAUAGCGCUAAAAGAGGAAAUCGCUGUGAACGACGUAAAAGACGAUCACAUGUUCUUCGAAGAGGCGGCGAGGCAGCAAGAGGUCAUUGACAAGAAGAGGUGCGAAUACCAACUGUGGUCACAGAAGACUAACAGAGAUGUACGCAAAGCUAUGAUAGACCAAAUCAAAGAUCGUAAAGACGCCCGCGAAGUCUUAGCAAAGAAGUUGAAGGAGCAAGACGAAUAUCAGAACUUGUUGUUCUCCCAACUGACGCAACUGACAGAUCACAAGAAACUGACAGACGCACAGGCGAGGAAGAACCAUCAAAGGGCUUUGGUUGAGCAGAUCGAGUAUAAUAAGCUGUUGAAGGAGCGCGCUAGACAAGAGGAACUGGAUCAAAGACGUAAAGCUGAGCAAGCCACAAGAGAAUACGAUGAAGAAAUAAAGAGGAUGCUAGCUCGGCCCUUCUACAGCGAUGAGUUACAUCCGUUUAUGAAACAGAUGGCUAAAGGGCUGACCAUACCUAAGAAGUGUCCAUGUUCUAGACCGGACUACUGUAAAGACUGCGAAUAAUGUUGUUUUUUAUUUAAUAAAUGCUUUGGUUCGAUUCGUGUUUUAAAUUACUUACUAGCGAGAUUGUUUUUAGCGAUUGUAAUGAAUGAAUUUAUGUUAGUAAAAAAAACUGAAUAGUAUUUUAGUACAAUACAAACGAAUAGUCAACAGGCAACCAUGGUAUUUAGUAGUACGAAGUACUACUAAUUCCAUGCAGGCAACACUUAUGUUAUUGAUAGACAAUGUCAGUGUCAAUUUGACAUUUCCGCUCCCGCCUGCUCCCGCCUUAUCUUAGAAAGAUACUCUUAUUUAAAUUUUUUUGCUGUAUGAAAUUUAUAAAAUAAAGACUACCUACACAUAAAAAUACGUGAAAGACUGAAAACCUAUUGUCUUCUUGAGUUUAGAAACUGAUUAGUAAAUCGACAUUGUUUCCAGGGCCUCAAGCGGAAAUAAGUCCUAGAGGGAAGUAACAAAAUGGGUGACCAAAUAGAAGAUAAUUACAAUGAUUUGAUGGAUGAUAUAAAUGAUCAUAGGGAGCGACGAGAAAUCGCAUCUGUCUCUAACGAUUCCAAUCUUGGAUCCUCGGUUACUAACUUCGGAGUUGACGUAGACAAUGCAGAAGAAAAUGCACAAUAUAUUUUAGAAAAUCAAGAUCCACACGCUGUUAUUCAAGGUGUAGGUGUUGGAGCAGUUGGAGAUAGAAUAGUUGUUACAACAAAGAGUGAAAGUGGUUUAAGUACUUCAAUUUCCAAAACAAGGAGCAGUGAAUUUUUUCCUAUAAUCAUAGAGUAUCCAAGAGAACAGUCCUUAGAGACUCAAUCUUUAUUGAGUGAUACCAGUGAAUGUGAUGUAGAUAAUGAAGUGGUUGAUGAUGAAACUAAUAGCAAUGCAAUCAAUAAUGAAGAAUUGGAAAAUUUAACAGAACAACUGCAAGAUCUUGAGCUAACAUCAUUUGAUUUAGCAAUAAAAAAAGGAUAUUUAGAACAAGCAAUAGUUUACUAUAAUCAUUAUCGGGGUGAUGGUGAUGAGUAUUAUGAAGUUGUAGCAAAAAUGUUAAGACCUAGCUCACAAUGCUAUAGCUGUUCUAGAGACAUAAAUUAAUAAUCAUGCUUUAAAAAAUUGCUAAUUCAUGUUCAAAAAAAUAUGAAUUGACAAGGAGAUUGUGCUCUCACGGGUCUGCUCUCUAUACAAAACGUUUUUAUUAAUCUAUUAUAGUAUUGUUUUUAGGUAUCUUUUAAUCAAUCAGCUUUUAAGAUUUUAAUUUCUGUUCAAAUAUGUGUAAUAAUUAUCUUUUUUAUAUUCUGUUUUUUAUUAAGUAGAUAUAUUUUAUAAUUUAGAAAUCUGGUGUAUAUUAUUUAAAAUAUACAUGAUUUAUUUUA